UAAACCUUAAAUCCAGAUAUAUCUAAAGUAAACCUACUAUAAUAUACUGUGGGAAAUGAUACAGUUUUUGUAAAUUUUAUUAUAUACCUUCCUAAAUGGCGAUCUAGGGUUCGAUGGUUUUCCGACGAUGGGAUCCGAGUCCUUGCUUAGGAGAUUGGUUCGUCACGGGGAUUCAGGAAUGCGCUUCUGAUAGCCAGAAACGAGGCUUUCAAUCGGAUCAAUUGGGGAUAAUUUUGGGGUUCAAUAAGGAUAUUUGGGUGAGGUUAUGGAAAAGCAAGAUUUUGAUGGAUUGGAUUGGGAAUCCGUUCGGUAUCAAUACGGAAUCGUGGACCAAUAAAGAGCCAACUCUUGAAUAACAAUGAGGGACUGAAGAAUGGCGAGGGUAUGCGCAAGAAACUGAAGAUUUCAGUGGCACAUUUCGACAAUUCGGCCUUAAUCCAGACAUAUUCCAAAACCUUGAUUGGAAGGUGUAUGAAUCCAGAGGAGCAGGAGAUGAAGGCGCUGUUCACUAAUCUCCUGAAGAUAUGGAAAUUGGAGGAAAGAGUUACUGGUAUAUAUGGAUUUGGGAUUUGGCAAAUUUCAAUUUGUUUUCAAGACUGAGGAGGAGCUUGAAGGGGUACUGAAGCAGCAACCGUUCCACUUUGACUAUUGGAUGCUGGCUUUGGCGAGGUGGCAACAAAAACAAUCUAAAGCUUUCCCAUCAGAGAUCAUGUUCUGGGUCCGCGUCAUUGGUCUACCGCUGGAGUUCAGAACAGUCCCUACUUUUGAAAGUAUUGGUGGUGCUUUGGGAAGAACGGUGGCAGUGGACUUGGUUCAGAAUCGGGUUCAGGUGGUGAUUGAUGCUUUCAAGGAACUGUGUUUUGAAUCAACCAUAGAUUUUAAAGGUGGAGAGUUCUAUGAAGAGUAGGAAGUGGCAGUUUCACUACGCUACGAGAAGCUGUUUGGCUACUGCAAGCUCUGCGCUAGCCUAUGCCAUAAGGAAGAGGUUUGCCCAAAGGCUCCAAGAACGAGUCCGGAGCGAAAAAGGGAAAUCAGAGAAGGGAAUGGAGGAUGGUUUGAUGAGGCGAAGCAUGAUGAGCGAGUUAGGAGCUACAAUGGUGUAGUUAUUAACGGUAACGUGGGACAACAGAAUAAAGAAAGAGAAGGAAGGGAGUAUUACGGGAAGGGUAAGGGGAAAAUGGCUGAAGCACAAGAUUCCAAAUGGGUUAAGGUGGCGGAGAAGGGACAUAGGAGACCUUACAACAAUCAAGGAAACUACAUGGGAGAUGGUGAGGGCUCGAGGUACAAGUCUGGUCAUCGAGAAGACGCGAGAAAUGGUAACUCGGAAUUGGGAUUUGGAGUCCAAGAAACUUGAAAUGGAACUUCCUCGGGGCAGUCUAGAACAGUCCAGGAGCAGAGGGGGCCACCUAGGGAAGAUAGAGAGGAGGGGGAGAUAAAGAACAAUGGUGAGGAAGAUACGAGGUUGCCUUCCAGAGAAUUUCAAAUGGAGCUAGCUAAGACGCAUGCGGAGGGGACGGAGGUGAUAGUGGAACCUACUAAUGAGGAGAGGGGCUUGAACAUGAUCAACAGAAUGGUUGAGAAGCGGGAUUAUACUGAAGAGGAUCUAGAAAUGGAGUUAGAGGCAAUUAAUGCUACUCUUCUGGAGAAUGGUGAUGAUAUGGAGGAAGAAGAGGAGUUUCAGACAUUCUCGGAGGAGGAAGCUGAGCAAGCUUCACGAGCUCAGGUACUGCGUGAGCACGCACUGGAGGAAGAGAAGAUGGUGAGUGGGGAAGCUGAUGUGGAGAAGGGCACGGGACCAGAAGUGGGAGAGACGAAGCAAGGAAACCGCAAGAGGCUUUUCAAGCCUUCAAUCAGUACUGCAGGGAGCACCAAGAUGAGAUUGGCAAGUGCACCGGUGUCUCCACGCAAAAGGGCUGCGGCGAAGAUGGGGCCUCGUCAUGGAGACAGCAGUAAGCCACCGGAGAGCAAGGGUCCUUCAAACCCGAAGCUGGCUAAUCUUAAAUUCUAAGUUUUAUGGAUCACGCUUUUUUUCCAAGAUCAAGCAAGAAGGAUAUGGUUUGUGAGGGGGGUGGGGGGUGGUGUUUUUAUUUAUUCGAAUAAGCUCUUUUGAGUAUUGGGGUAUUUUCUGGCUUUACGGUCAUAAGGAAAGUAGUACUUGGGGUUUUUCUUUGGGUUUUUAUUAUGUUUUGGAAUAAAAUUUUCUUCUGACCGUGCUUUUGUCCUAUCUUAUGGCAUUAUGAGAAUGGCUACCUUAUGGUGAUGUGGAAAUAUGGAAAUGUAUGGGUGUUGGUGUUGGUGUUGAUCCACUUGGAGACAGUUGGUGUGGUCCUAAAAGUGUUGCGGUUCGCUGGAAACGGGUUGAGUGAGACAGAAUUUGUAUACUGUGUGGUUUUGGAUAUGUAUUUGGAUGCAGGUUGGUGUUUUUUAAGUAAAUGGCAAGAAGGGGAGAGUUAUGGUGCACAAUGUAGGAGGUCUUUAACGACUUGGAGAAGAACUGGGAGAGUUAUAACACGGAAUUCAGUGGAGGUUCAUGGGUAUCCUUUGUUGGGUGAUGUACGGUGCUUGAUGGAGUCAAACAAAUGACACAAAGAAGGGUCUGAUCUACAACACGGAUGGGAUUUAUUGAAUGAUCAGACGGUUCUAAAUAGUAAAAAGUUUCCACCUUUGUUUUGUUUUGGUAUCAUUUUGAUGCGGUAUGAUGGGAGUUUGUGGAACCAUAUGGGAACUAGAGCUGUAGAGAUGGAUGUAAACCUAAUAAAACGAUCGUAUAUGUUUCUAAUUUUAUGCAAUCCUCCAGGUUGCAUCUAUAAGGAAUGGUGGAACAUGAAUUUUUUUAAUGGAAAAACGGGGUUUAUGGUUC